UUCUGUAACCCAAAUGGAAUCCGAAGGAAAUGAAGCAAAACGGUGCAAACCCACAAAGCCUGCUCAAUUUCCUUCCAUUUCAAGUCAAGAUACUGUCUUGCCAAUGCCUAACCUUCCUGCAGAACUCAUCACUGAAAUCUUGUUAAAGCUUCCUGUGAAAUCCCUCUUGAAAUUCAGAAUGGACCACGAAUGCAAUUACUACAGAGGUUCAAAUAACUCAGAUGAAGACAACCAUGUGACUAAUAUCCUGUCAAAGCUUGAUAGGGAAAAGGUUGGAUGUGAUAAGUUACCCGGUACGUGUGCUAGUGGGAGGUAGCAAGUAUUUGGUAGAAUAGUUGAGAUGCGCAAGUUGACUGAGGCACCACCAUUAUCCACAAAAAGGGAAAAAGGAGGAAAUGAAGGAAUUAUUUAACGAAGUUUAAGGUCUGAGAUAGUAUCCAAUUUUGGUGUUUUCUCCUUGCUGCUAAUAGCUGACAACUUAUUUUCUUCUGGACUACUUGGUGUUUUCUUGCUUCUAAUAGCUACUUUGUCCCAAUUUAUGUAGCAUACUUUCUUUUUUGGUCUAUACCAAAAAAAAUGUAAUACUUCUUUAUUUUAAGACAAUUUAACUUUAAGCUUCUUAUUUUACACUUAAAAUGAUGAUUUAUAGCCACACAAAUAUCUGUUACUUAUUUUAGAUCACAAGUUUCAAAAGUCUAAUUAUACUUC